GGGGCGGGAAAGGGGUUGGCAGAAGUGUUGGGUUCGUUGUCAAAAUAGCUACACCUUCUUUUUCUGUGGGGCUGGCCUCUGGGAAGAGCGAGCCCCCCAAAAGGCCGGCAAACAGGCUGUGGUGGGUCGCGUACUGAUCGCCGGGGCUUGAUCUCGGGGCACCGCCGGGGGAUUGAGGGGAACGCCGCAAGGAGGGGGAAGCGUUGGCCGCCGUACAGCCGCCACAGCCCACAGCCGGGAGGGGGGAAGGGUGGUGGCGGCGGCGGCGAGGAGCAGUCUGGCUCGGUUGGGUUCAUUCGUUCUUACCGCCCCGCCUUUAGGUGGCAGGCAGCGCAGCGGCCAGAGCGAGCCCGCCGGCGGGACUGCAGAGGCCUUUUCUUCUUCCCGCCUGCCGCAAGCGGCCGAGAAGUUGCUGCUGCUUCUGUUGCCGAACACAAUAAAGGGAGGCGGGUGAAAAGAAAGCAGCCGGCAACGUUUCCCUUUCGCGCUUCGUAGGCCCGACCCGGCUGAGGGGCCCUUGAAUAGCCAUCCCCCAUCACACCCGGCGCCUCCAAGCCAGUCGCUGGGAAGUCGGCCGGAGGAGGCAAGGAGGCGGCGGCGGGCGCAGGCCGAAGGGAGAGGCCUAGUGUGUGCCGUACCCUGCACCUCUGAGACGGCGCCUGGGCCAGACCGAGGCGGGGGGGCGAAAGGCUGGUCGGCGCGAUGGUGUGAAACGAAAGCAACGCCUGAACGAAGAUGGCCGGUGGUGGCGGCGUCGGCGGCGGUAGAAACGUAGGGAGUAUCCAGCAGUCGGGUUUUCUCGAGGCUUUGGAUAAAUCACAGUCCAAACGGGAUGGAGGUUUUAAAAAUAGCUGGAGCUAUGAUCAUUCAGAAGAAAGUGAAGGAGAUACAGAGAAAGAUGAAGCCAAUUUGUUGAUAUUUGAUGAAAGCGAUGAAACUUGCAGUCCCAAUGGUGAAAUAAAACCAUGUCGCCAUCGCUUAGGUUUUGUAGCCAGAAAUGAUGCCUUAAGGACAUACAGCAGACGAAACAAAAGUGACACUCUUGGAAAUUUAAAAAGCAUCACAACUGGACUUAACGUAUCGGGGAGCAGCAAGAAAAUAUGUGUAAAUGCUGAAAAUAUAUCCUGUUCAGAUUCAGAAGGACAAGUCAGACAUUUUUGUCCUCACACACAAACACGAGUAAAAACAGCAGCACAAAAGAAAGAAUACCCCCAUAAUAUUCCAAAGGUGGAUAACAAUUGCAAUAAAUGGUCUCAGCUUCAGGAGAUGAUGUUUGUUAAUUUUCUUAAGGUUGUCUCUGAUUCUAAAAUGCAGAUACAAAAUGCAACACAGUUCCAGUUCUUUGAGGAUGAUGAAAGUGUAGAGCCACAUACUGUCUUCAUUGGUCCUAUAGAAAAGUUGAUAGUUUAUCCGCCUCCUCCAGCAAAAGGGGGUAUAUCUGUGACCAAUGAAGAUCUUCAUUGUUUAAAUGAAGGAGAAUUUUUAAAUGACGUAAUAAUUGAUUUUUAUCUAAAGUAUCUGGUGCUAGAAAGGUUAAAAAAAGAAGAUGCAGAUAGGAUUCAUGUGUUCAGUUCCUUUUUUUACAAACGCCUUAAUCAAAGAGAGAGAAGGAACCUUCAAGAAACUUCAAAGCUCACAAUUCAGCAGAAACGGCACGGUCGAGUAAAAACAUGGACACGACACGUUGAUAUCUUUGAAAAAGAUUUUAUUUUUGUUCCUCUUAAUGAAGCUGCCCACUGGUUCCUGGCUGUCAUCUGUUUUCCAGGUUUAGAAAAACCAAUAUAUGAGGCUAAUCCGUAUUACCAAGAAAAUGUAUCUACACAGAUUAAAUCUUCCUCUUUAAAUCAAGAUAGAAGUGCUUCAUCUCCUGUAUGCGCUGAAAUGGAUCCAUUACAGCAGUCUCCUCUAACAAGGAAAUUGUUCUGCAAGAAACAUUUUGCAGAAUUAACGGACACAAACACAGAUUCGGAGGAGAAUGAACCAUUAUACUGCAAAAGAAACUCUUUUGAGAAAAGUGGCUUUAAAAAAUUAAAUCAUUUGAACAGCACUGUAGAAGAAUUCAGGACUAUGGAACCCAUAUGUCCUAAACAUGAUCUUAAAACUUCAGAGGCAAAUGGAAUGCAAAAUGAACAUAAAAUUCAUAUCCAAGCUAGUGAUGGUUUACAGAAAAUCAGGCUAAACUAUAGCGAAAAAUCUGCUGACAGCAAUAAACUAAAUGAAGAUGAGCUCAUAGAUUUUUCAGAAGACCAAGAUAACCAGGAGAAUAGUAGCGAUGAUGAUGGUCUUGCUGAUGAUAACUGUAAUUCAGAAUUAGGACAAUGGCAUCUAAAGCCGACCAUAUGCAAACAGCCAUGCAUUCUGCUCAUGGAUUCACUAAGAGGCCCUUCCCGAUCAAAUGUUGUCAGAACACUAAGGGAGUAUUUGGAAGUGGAAUGGGAAGUAAGGAAAGGGAGCAGACGAAGUUUCUCUAAAGAUGUCAUGAAAGGCUCGAACCCCAAAGUGCCACAACAGAACAAUUUCAGUGAUUGCGGAGUUUAUGUUUUACAGUAUGUGGAGAGCUUUUUUGAGACUCCUAUUCUAAGCUUUGAACUACCAAUGAAUCUAACAGACUGGUUUCCACGUCCAAGAAUGAAAACAAAACGAGAAGAAAUAAAAAACAUAAUCCUGAAUCUACAAGAACAACAAAACAAAGAAAAGAAGGGGCAGAAAGACAGUAAUCUAACAGAGAAAUAUUUUCAGGAAAGAACAGAACAAUUUAUCAGCAACUGAAUCUUUUGUCAUUUGUUAGCCAUACAUCAAAUUUUUUUUUAAAAAAAGGGAAAAAAGCACCCUGAAAUUUACUUGUCUACCAAAACAAUGGACUUCUAGUAUUAUCAGUAAGUAAACUUACUGUUGAGGGCAUAAAUCCAGUUCCCCCAAUGUACUAAGUAGCAUAAUCUGUAUAUAUGUUGAUUAGGCCAACUUUUUCCAACCUUUCUAAUUAUGUUUUUCACUACUUAGGAAACCUUUGUUAUGUGUUUCUGUUUAUAGAACUUAAUAGCAAAUUCUAGACACAAAACAAAUAAAAUAUUUAUAGGAUAAAUUGGUUAAUUUUUUCUGUGUUAAGUAAAAUUAUCAUUGAAUAUUUCCCAGUAAGACUUCUAUAUUGCAUGGGGAAUGCUUAUGUAGAAAGGUAAUCAAAUUCAUAUUUUAAUUUACAAUUGCCAUUACAAGAUGUUCUGCUUCAGAAAUGUGCAAAAAAAAAAUUAAGAAUGUGUCUAAAUGCAUUGUGUUUCUAAGGUGAAUGGUUUGCAUUUAAAAUCCAAGUGCAGGCAAUACAAUAUUCAGCAACAAAUGCUUCAGAUACUGGGAGAAGUAACUUCACAAGUACUUGGGAAAUGCUGCUUUCUGAUUGCAAGUGUUGCUCAAGCAGUGUUUAAUGGAGUUUCAAAGGUUGGUUUGAGUAGUUCUGUUAGAUCCUCCUUUAUUAUUUUAUGUGGUUCCUGAAUGUUGUUUAAAUGUAUUUUCACAAUCCUUUCAUUAUAAAAUUGUAUUUUUUGUAAAUGUAGCAGCAAAUUGCCCACCUUAAAUUUUCUGCCAGAAUUCUGAAUGUUGCAUUCAUGUGUGCUUUAUCUAUCUGAACCUUUUUUAAUGUAUGAGUACUAUUUUUUGUAAUGCACAGAAAAACCAAAAUAUUGCUAGAUGUCAUUGCUUGCUUCUUACUUAACUAGAAGUCUCUAAUAAUUCUAAGUCAUCUUGUUGGCAUUAUUUCCAUGAUGUAAUUUGAUUUUUAAAUUGUGUAAAAAAACAAUAGCCUUCUUCUACCCUUAUAAAAAUCCAAAAGGAAGCAACUAGGUCCUACUACAUUUUAAAAAAUACAAGAUAUUGCCCUCGCAUAAGGGAACUGAAACACUUUUGCAAAUAUAUUUGUUGAAUAAUGCCUUUGUUAAAAAGAAAUUCUUCUUGUUGGGAAGGAGAAUGCCUUUGAUGUAAUAAAUGAAAAAUAUUGUAGAUGAAACAGGCAAUAUUGCCAUUGCAACAAACAAUCCUUUUCACCCUUUUCACAGUAGAACAUUCUAUGUAGAAAAUAUUAUAUUUGCACCCAAUUUUUACUAUUAUUAUGUUGGUGGCACCUACACAAUAGUCAUAUUUUGUACAUGAUCAGAGAUUGCUUUGCCAAAGAAAAAUUCUGAAGAAUAGAUCGCUUUGGUCUGCUGCCCUGCAUUUACUUUGUUUAAAUCCUAUAGACUUCAGUGUAACAAUAAUAGGAUUGUAACUUAGUGGCAAAGCUUUCCAUAAAUUAUUUUUAAUAGAUGCACAAUAGUAGGGCUCUCAUAACACUAUCAGUAUUAAAACAAAUGAAUUACGUUAAUUUGUUCCCUCAAAUUAACGUAAAAUCAAUUCUUGGUAUUAGAAAAGAAAGACAAACAUUUAUUCUACAUUUUCCAGUCUAUGUCUAAAAUUUGUCCGAGUAGCAAUAGAAAAGAGAAACAAGAAUAAACAAGGGGUUGACAACAAAUGUAAUUUACUUUUUUUUUUUUUUUAGUGUUACUUGAACACAUUGUAGAGAAACUUUACAUAGCAAAAUGCACAUUCUCGUGCAAGAUUAUUUGUUGCAAUAUUUGGAUUUAUAUGAAAUUAGAUUUUGCUUUUGUUUUUAUUAGGUUGUGGCCUAUCCUAGUUUUUAUUUGUUUGGUUCUGUUCCUGAGAAUGGCCUGGAGCUUGUAUUCCUUUUCAAGAUGUGAAGAAUGCAAUGUUUCUCUCUUAAUAUUAUGGUAAAGGAUCAUUUGUGCAGCAAGCUGAUAAACAUGUUGACAAAGAUUUAUUUUUUUAAUAAAACAUG